AUGCCGCUCCGCACCGCUUCGUAUAGUAUGACCCGCAAAUCAACGAAAGAUGGGAGGAAACGGACAUUGUCAACAGUCUCCAAUACAACCCAACCGACGCAGGCUGGACCUGCUGCCUCCAAACCCAAUGAGAAGGGAUUCAAUGGACCAAACAAGGCUCUGAAGUCGCAGGCGACAACGGAAGCACUUGCUAAUACUAAACCCGUUGAACCACCAAAGAAAGUCCCAGAUGUAUUUCAAUUCCUGGACAAUAACGAUGGCUCAUCUUCUGAGUCGUCAUCUGAAUCCGAAUCCGAAUCGUCUGAGGAUGAAUCGCCGCCACCGGUCGCGAAGCAAACCAUCACAAAGAUCCAAUCCCCAAAGCCGCGAACUAGUAAUCCACCGAAUGCGCUGCUGGAGAACACACCUCCCAAGGCGCCCGCUCCUCCAUCCACAAGAGCACCUAGGAGUCCAAGUGACUCACGGCCGCUCCCUCCUCCGGCGCCGACGGUGCCUUCUUCAACAGAGAAUCAAUGGCAGUUGGCUCGCAAACAGCCAGCUAAAUCGUCCAGCACGGGUUACUACGACACUUCAGAGGCAGAGAAAUCUCCUCAGCCCAGUCGACGACAAUUGCAAAUAUCGCAUCCCGAGAAUUAUUAUACAUCGUCGAGAGACGUUGUCCAUCGACCACCACUCCCGCCUUCUCCACCCAGCAGCCCGGAGGACAGCAUACACCGGGAUACUCAAAUCAAAAGAAGAGACUCAAAUGCUUCGCAGAUUUCAUCUGGAUAUGGAAUGGUCGCGUCGCACCUCACUCACUCUGCCAAAGAAGAGAAGGGGGGAUUUCCGCCACUCUACCGACGCUUCGGGAGUGUGAAUCACCGUGUUCUCUUAUAUCUCCAGGAUGAAAUUUCCCAAAUGGAAGAAGAUCUCCAAGCGCUCGAUGAGUAUGAGGAGAUGCACCGAGUUGGAAAUGCCGAGAAGGAGGGCACCAAAGCAAUGCCCCCCUCCCGGCGACUCGAUGUUCAGUCUCAAGCCUACUCGUCGCUCCACUAUCGUCGCAUGGAAUUGAUGGCGGCUCUGACACAGAAGACAGAGCAGUACAACAACGCUCUCAGUGCGUAUAGUAAAGUCCUGCAGACACUCCCGCGUGCUUCUGAAGACGACAUCAAGAACUAUCGUACCUGGAUGAAAGACCACAACCCUAUCGCAGCUGCCGAGACCCGUUUCCUGGACCAAGAUGCCGACCUGGUGUCCCUGAGUCCACGACUGGCGGCAUCAGCGGCUGCUGCUCCAGUCUACAUGGCCAUCUUCAUUGCCUCGGGUGCCCUUCUGCUACCUCUGCUGGCAUUCAGCAUGAUUGCAGAGUUCUCGGGUCGUCUCGUUGUCGUGACGGUCACCGGUGGCGCGGCCGCGGCUAUUGCAGCAAAUUAUUCAUCAGGGAUCGAUGCCUUGGUGGAUUCCAGAGAUGGCUGGAGGUGUACAAUGCUCUACUUCGGCUUCAUGACCAUCGCCGCCAUGUUCAUGCCUUAG